GGCAGUGCAACUGUCAGGACUGUAGACCACUUUGUAGAUGCUCGGAAUGAGUCGCCGCAUCUGCGAUUCUCAACAGUUCUCGAGGCGCGCGAAUUGCCGUCUAUCACCUUUCCUUUUGUGCGGCUUCCAUCCGUUGUAUUGUCCAUGAGGGCCUCACGGGAGCAGAAAUUGUCUUAGCAUCAAGAGUGCAUGCCAUGGGACGAGCGAAGGCACCCUCAUCUCGCGAAUAUACAAUCGACUCCUAUUUUGACUCUAAGCGCCCACACAGUUCAAGCCCAGCAAGCUUCCUUCACUUGCCCGAUCAGACUACUGAAUUGCAUCGGUCGGAUGCAUCGGUACGCAUAGGUGCGGGCAUUAUAAGACAGGGAAAUCCAGAAACUACUUAGUAUAAUGGGUUUCCUGUAUUCACGUCCCUAUCCAACCUCUCGAUAUCUCGAGUUGCACAAAGAGCUCGGCCCUUGUUCAAAAUAUAGUAGAUUACCUUUA